AGUAAAUAAUUAUGUCAGUGUUCGUUUGUAAAUAAACUGUUAAACAUUAGGUAUUUAUAAUACUCGAAAAUUGUGAAAAAAUGUCUGUUUUCGAUGGCGAAAUUGAGUUCACUUCCGUCUACAUGGCAGACUUUGUAAAGAAGAACAAACCCAAGAGUCCUCGUCGCAAAGCCGUGGAUGACGACUGCCUUAUAGUGGGGCUGAGCCGGGACUCGCUCAACACGAGGGACAAGCCUCGCCCGAGUCCUGACCUACUGUGCCCUGUCGACUAUGAGUACUACAAGAAGGCUGUUGAAAGGUUUGCAGAAGAUCAUCCGAAAUUGACAAAAAAGUACAUGUCAGGAGACAUAGAUCCUAUACCCAUAGACCACGAGAUUCAGGAUCUUAAGAGAACUGAAUAUCUUACCAAGUACUGCUCACGAGAACUACCAUUCAUGUCAGUGAACCUAGCGCGUAGAGCUCGCGCCUUACAAACGCUCCGCCUCCCUGACGACGUGCACAUCCCUGACACGAGCCAGCGGGGUUCCUACCGCCACCCUCCAGCGGACAAGUACGCUGAGCCGCCCACCGCGACGUCUAUGAGGCCGAAGUUUGAUAAUUCCUUGCAGAAGAAGCUACGCAGCAUCACACGCGUGCGCACUGGCGACACGAGCUACGACGUGGCGCACGGGCUCCUGGCACGCGUGCUGCUGGAGAGGAACCCCUUCGGGCCCGCGCGCCAGGAGCCGACCUUCCCGCGGUGGAAGAACCCAUACAUUUAUACAUACAGGAUCUAG